UUCCUUUUUUCAUUUAUGCAAUAAAAUAUGUAUUACAUUUUUUCAUAUUUUAUUUAUAUUCAUUAUAUUUUCUUUUUUGUUUCCUAUAGGCAACUGGAUAAUAAUAUGCUUACUUGUAUUGAUACUGAAGCUAUUAGAAACCUUAGAGACCUGGAAGUACUAACUUUAAACAACAACAAUUUAACAUCUCUCCCAGCAAACCUCUUUGAUGAUCUCUAUAGAUUAAGAACUUUGAGGCUGUCAGAAAAUAAGUUUGCCUGUGACUGUCAUAUUACAUGGUUGACGAAAUGGUUAAAAAAGUUCCCACGCCUUGGACUAUAUACUCGCUGUUAUUCGCCAAAUCAUCUUAAAGGACAAAGUGUUGUGGAUUUGAAUGAACAAGACUUAAGAUGUUCAGGUGUGGUAGAAAAGACAAUUGGAGAAUGCCAAUCUGAACCAAGUUGUCCUCAUCAGUGUAGAUGUGCUGAUGGUAUUGUUGACUGUCGGGAAAAAGGACUAACCGUUAUACCACAACAUCUACCUCAAGCAACAACUGAAGUACGCUUAGAACAAAAUGUUAUUACUGAAGUUUCUUCUAAAGCAUUUGUUCCAUAUAAGAGACUGAGGAAGAUAGAUUUAAGCAAAAAUGCUAUAUUUAAAAUAGCAGUUGAUGCAUUUUCUGGACUGAAGUCAUUAACUUCCUUGGUGCUUUACGGGAACAAAAUCAAAGAGCUGCCUGGAGGUGUGUUUCAUGGUUUAACUUCACUUCAACUAUUGUUACUCAAUGCUAAUGAAAUAUCCUGUAUUCGGAAAGAUACAUUUAAGGAUCUGCAUAACUUAAAUUUGCUGUCACUGUAUGACAACAAUAUUCAAUCUCUUGCCAACGGGACAUUUGAUUCAAUGAAAAGUAUUCAAACCAUGCAUUUAGGACGAAAUCCUUUCAUUUGUGAUUGUAAUUUGCGUUGGCUUGCUGAAUAUUUACAGCGUAACCCAAUAGAAACAUCUCAAGCAAGAUGUGAGACUCCUAAACGCAUGCAGAAAAGAAGAAUAGAAGCUUUAAGAGAUGAAAAGUUCAAAUGUGUUGAAGAGUUCCGAACUCGUCAUGCUGGUGAUUGUUUAGCUGAUACUGAAUGUCCUAGUGGCUGUUCAUGUGAAGGCACUCUGGUAGACUGUUCAGGGCGAAGUUUAUCUGAAUUUCCUAAAGAUUUUCCUAUUUAUACUACAGAAUUGCUUAUGAAUGACAAUGAAAUCAAAAGGAUUCGAUCUGAUGGACUUUUUGGAAGAUUACCUAAUUUGGUAAAAUUGGAUUUAAGAAGAAAUAAAAUAACUGGAAUUGAAGGAAAUGCAUUUGAAGGCUGUCAUCACCUGAGUGAACUAAUACUAGCAGAAAAUGAAAUUGGAGAAAUACAUAACAAAAUGUUUAUUGGACUCCAUAAUUUAAAAAUUUUAUCACUUUAUGAAAACAAGAUCAGUUGUGUUAUGCCAGGUUCAUUUGAUUCUUUAGCUUCUUUACACACACUUAACCUUCUUUCAAACCCAUUCAUCUGCAAUUGUCAUCUUGCUUGGUUUUCUGAAUGGCUUCGUCGUAAAGAAUUAUUAGCUGCUAGUCCACGUUGUAUAUCACCUACAAGACUAAAAGAUGUUGCUAUACAUGAAAUUCCACAACAUGAGUUUAAAUGUACAAGUGAAAAUGAUCAGGGCUGUUUAGGUGACAACUACUGUCCUCCCAAAUGUGUUUGUGCUGGAACAGUUGUUAGAUGUAGCAGAGCUAAACUUGUUGAAAUUCCUCGUGGAAUACCACCUGAAACUUCAGAACUGUAUUUGGAUGUCAAUGAUAUUCAAUCAAUAGACGUUGAAAAAAUAAGCCAUUUGAAAUAUUUGACAAGGCUGGAUUUGAGUAAUAAUCAAAUAACAGUUAUCUCAAAUUUCACAUUUGUCAAUUUAACCAAUCUUUCAACUUUGAUUCUAAGCUAUAACAAAAUACAGUGUAUUGAACGUGACGCAUUGGCUGGAUUGAAACUGUUGAGAAUAAUAUCUUUGCAUGGCAACAAUAUUUCGAUGAUACCAGAUGGAGCAUUUUCUGAUCUGCACAUAAUCACUCACUUGGCUUUAGGUUCAAAUCCACUGUGGUGUGACUGUAGUUUACGUUGGUUAGCUGAUUGGGUAAAACGAGACUAUGUUGAGCCUGGAAUUGCACGUUGCAGUGAACCACCUAAUUUAAAAGAUAAACUUUUAUUGACAACACCUUCAUCUUCAUUCCAAUGCAAAGUUCGAGUAAGAAAUGAUAUCUUAGCCAAGUGUAAUGCAUGUUAUACUAAUCCUUGUUCAAAUCAAGGAGAAUGCGAACCAUUACCAGAAAGAAAGUACAAAUGCAUAUGCACUCCAGGUUAUCAUGGAAACCAUUGUCAGUACAUGAUUGAUGCCUGCUAUGGGAAUCCAUGUCGAAAUCAAGGAAGUUGCAGAGUUUUAGAAGAAGGAAGAUUUAGUUGUGAUUGCUUACCUGGAUUUACUGGAACACAUUGUGAAAAUAAUAUUGAUGACUGUUCACAAAACAAAUGUGAAAACAAUGCAACAUGCAUUGAUUUAGUUCAAGCAUAUGAAUGCAGAUGUCAGGCUGGUUAUAUGGGUUCAUAUUGUGAGAAGAAAAUUCCUUUUUGUACAAAAGAAUUCAAUCCAUGCAAGAAUGAUGCACAAUGUGUUGAUCAUGUGACCCAUUAUACAUGUGAGUGUUUGAUUGGAUAUGCUGGAGAAAAUUGUACAAUUAAUAUUGAUGAUUGUAAAAAUAAUAUGUGCCAGAAUGGUGCAACUUGCAUUGAUGGUGUUAAUGAUUACACCUGCAAAUGUGCUGAUGAUUAUGUUGGAAAGUUUUGUGAAGUUGCACCCAUGGUCAUGCUUUAUCCACAAACAUCACCUUGUCAGCACCAUGAUUGCAAAAAUGGAAUUUGUUUCCAACCAAUGGGAUCAAAUGAUUAUAUUUGUAAAUGUGCUCCAGGGUAUUCUGGAAAACAAUGUGAAUAUCUUACCAGUCUCAGUUUCAUGUAUAAUACAUCUUUUGUUGAAAUGGAACCUCUUAGAACAAAACCUGAAGCAAAUGUGACCAUGCUCUUUGCUACUACUCAAGAAAAUGGAGUUCUUCUCUAUGAUGGUCAAUCUGAACAUCUAGCUGUCGAGUUAUUUAAUGGUCGAAUACGUGUGAGUUAUGAUGUUGGGAACUAUCCUGUUUCUACAAUGUACAGUUUUGAAAUGGUUUCGGAUGGUAAAUAUCAUAUAGUUGAGCUUCUUGCAGUAAAAAAGAAUUUUACCCUUAGGGUUGAUAGAGGUUUAGCAAGAUCAAUUAUCAAUGAAGGAUCUCAGGAAUAUUUAAGGCUCACCACACCACUUUUUAUUGGUGGUGUUCCUCCUGAACCUGGCCAAAAUGCUUUUACACAAUGGCAUUUAAGAAAUGUUACUAGCUUUAAUGGUUGUAUGCGUGAACUAUGGAUAAAUCACAAACUGGUAGAUUUCACUAAUGCAGAUAGACAACAAAAAGUGACCCCAGGAUGUACUCUAAUGCAGGAUGAAGAAGAAAUGAUAGAAGAGGAUGGACAAAUAAGAGACACUGAAAAUGAUGAUGAAGAUGAUAUGGAGAUUCAAGAUAAGGAUCCAUGUGUAAAAAACAAUUGCAAACAUGGAAGUACAUGUGUAGCUAAAACUCCAUCAGAAUAUGCUUGUAAAUGUAAAUUACCUGGAUGGAGUGGAAAGUAUUGUGAGCAAGCACCUACAUGCCGCAAAGAACAAACAAGAGAAUUUUACUCUGAAAAUGGCUGCAGGUCUCGAAAACCACUCAAAUUAGCUAAAUGUGAAGGAGGUUGUGGAGGUUCUUGCUGCCGAGUAAGAAAAACUAAGCGUCGUAAAGUUCGUCUAAUUUGCCAGAAUGGUAGACGUUACACAAAAGACAUAGACAUAGUGAGGAAAUGUGCUUGUGCAAAGAAGUGUUACUAAAUAACUUGCAUAUAUUCUUUUUUGUGGCAAAUGUCUUACCAUUCUUCAAAAUGCCAACAGUAUUGCCUAUUGACACCACUGCCAUCAGUUUUUCUGUUAUGUUUUGUAAAUAAUUCAAUUUUUUUUAUAUAUAUAUUUAUAUUGUCUUCAUUUUUUUAUAUAUAUUUUGUAUGUUUCAUAUGAUUUGUAUUAGUUUUUUAGAAAACAAAGUGUUUCUUCAAAUCCGAAAAUUUUAACCAUGAUUUAUGAUGAUAUUAUGAUCUCAUGAAUACAUAUUUAAAUUACUUAAAUGUUGUUUAAGAAAUGAAAGUUUGUUAUUGGUGUUUAAAACUUUAUUAUUACUAAAUGUAUUCUGUCACAUGUAGAUGAUUUAUACAAACAGUGAGAAUUCACUGGUUAAUUAUUACUUAUUUUAAUGUAUAUUUCAUUACUCUGUAAAAAUCUAAGUCAUUCUUAUAAAAUUAUUAAUAAAAAAAAAAAUUAGAAAAAAGAAAAAAAAAAGUGAUUAGUAAUGUGAAGUUAUUAUGAGUAUGUAUAAAAAAGUGUAAUAAAGUAAAUGAUUAUAUGAGAAGUUACUUCAUAAAACCUGGUGCAUUUCACUACUAGUGUUCAGGUACAAGGAAUGUAAAAAUGAGAUGCACUGUAAACGUACAUAUAAGUUAUAUGUAUUUUCCUUCAAUGUUAGUGUAUUUGUUGGGUAGGUGCAAAAUUUAUAUCCUUUUGGUUGUAUAUAUUUUAUGUAUAUUGAUGUACCUCAUAUACAAAGGAUUUAGCAAUUAAAGAACAUUGUGGUAAACUAUUUUUAUUAUUUUUCUUAGUAAUUUAUUAUAGUAAACUAUUGUUUAAUAUAAUAGUUAAUAAUUUAAUACAAUAAUUUUUGUAUAAUUACAAUAUAUUAUUCUUUAAAUGGACUUACUAUGAUUGCUUGUGUCAUCCAGUUGUUGUUAAAAGCAGGUAUUGAAGCUUUGUUUUAGAUCUUUAAGAUGAUAUAAAAAAAAACAACUAAUUUUUAUGUAUUUAAAGUUUAAAAUCAAAGUUAAUGUCAAUAGUACAAAAAUGUUUGUUUUUCCAAAGAGAAAUGAGCAAAUAAAAAUUUGAGAAGUUAAAAGAUUUGCUGCAAUGUCCUUUUAUUGCACAAGGUAUAAAUUCACUUUGCACCUACACAUAGAAAUAUAUGCACUGAAAAUAUGUAUAGGAGUGUGUAUAUUGACUGAAAUAUGUUGUUGUACAUUUGUGUUCAUAUUGCUUCUAUCUUUAUCGCCAUAACUAUUUAUAAUAAAACAAAAUGUACUUUAGGUGUUUGAUUAAUUAUAAUUCUCCCUUAAUAUUCCUGUUGCACUCUUCAAGUGAUGACUAUUAAUUUGAAAUAGGAAGGAUAAAUAAUUAAACUCAAAAAAUCCUAAAGAACACAUUUAUUAACAAUUUUCAUUUACAUCACUUAUAUGUAAAUAACUAGGUAAAAUAACUAUAUAGGUAUUGAGGUUAAAAUGUGUAAGAAAAAAUAACAUCAGCAAUAAUGUGUAUAUUAACAAAAUGACUGAACAUAAAGCCUAAUAGAUUCUAAUAAAAGGAAGAUUAAAAUAAAACAAAUAAUUUUGAAAAAUUUCUUAUACGCCAUAUGAGUUCCCAUCUACUGGAAUUAGAUAAAGUAUACACAAAAAAAAAAAAAAAAUUGCAACAACAUUUAUUUGUCUAAGUAUUUGUUCUGGAAUGUAUCAUUGUUAAGAUAAAACAUACUAAUUUUUAAGUACAUUGCCACAUAAAUUAAUAUCAUCAAAAUUGUUAUACCUAUUCAAAUUUCAUAUUUAAUAAAAGUAACAAACAAUUUUGUUAAAAUAUUAGUUUAGUAAAAACUAUGUAUUGGAUUAAGGAUAAAAAAAAUUACCACUCUUUUAAAUGCACACAAAUAAAAAGCUCAAAAGUGGCAAUAUACUCAGUAACAUUAAACUUUGACAAAGAGCUUAAAACGGAAUCGGCCAAAUUUUGAAGAAUUUUAUUCUUUUCAUCUACAAGUUUCAAUAUACAUGCAAGCAUUUGUUACCUUUGAAAUACUAUUCACUUAUGAAUCUGCAUUUCAUAAUAGGAAGUCAGUUCUCUAUUUACUAAAUUACUAACCCCAUUCAGUUAUUCUUUAAAGAAUGUUAUUCCUCAUAUUCACAUUUAAUUUUUAAGAUCAUUUUUUUUAUAAUCAAUAACCGAAUAGUAUUAUAAUUAUAUAUAAUGGGAAUAAAAAGGAAUGACACAUUUAAAUAAGUUCCUGAUUUAAGCUCUCUAUGCUCUUACUAAUCUAUAAAUACAUUACUUAUAAAAACCUUACCAUUGUUAACAUUAAAAGUGAUCUGGGCACUACUUGUUGGCUAAUUAUAAAUUUAAUAUUGAAGCAACUCAUGUACCUGAUUUUUUUUUCUAACAUUCAAGUGUUUUAGUCCCUACUUGUUCUGUAAAUUAAGAAUACAUUUAUUUGCAAGAUACUAAAGAUACUCUUGGAAUCUGUUAAGAUGUAGAAAUUAUUAGUUGUAUAUAUCUGUAUAUCAUACAUUGUAAGAAUAAUUGAAAAAAUAAAAUAUUUAUAAUGAUCAAUAUGUUUUGAUGCAAUGCUAUUUUCAAAAACUUGUCCUUUCACUAUUUUUAAGGUUAUGAAUUUGCAUGAUCCAAAUUAUUUACAACUGUACAAUAUAUUAUUGUAAAACAUUUGAAAAAAAUAUAUAAAUGUAAUAAUUUAAUUAUAAUCCAUGAUUAAUAUUAUUCAUCAAAGAUAAUAAUUUCAACAAAUAUUUAAAGAACUAUUCAAAUAUUAAAUUAAUAUUAGUGACAAGUAGGAACUGAACAAGUACUAUUUUGUUACAGAUGUAAAAUCUUGUUUUUAUCAGUUAUUUUUUUUUUGUUUUUUUUUUUAAUUUGCUGAAUAAAUAAAACUAAGUUUCUUUUUCAAACAAUAGAUUAUUUUAUUUAAAUAUAUAAUAUAUAUGCUGAAUAAUAUUUGUUAUUAUGUCAAAAUAUUAUCAAAUCUUGUGUCUGUUCAAAAUAUCACAUUGCCUAAACAUUACAUAGCCAAACGUUACAGGUAAAUGAGUUUAAAUUUAUUUACAGAACUUGGAAAUUAAGCAUUUUUCAAAUGGAAUAUAUUACAGUAAUAAUACAUGUCCUGGAGGGAUUGAGAAUAUACUACAAAGGCCAGUAUGAAUUCAAGUUAAAAAACUUCCCAAAUCACAAAUUUGGCACAGUAUUAAUUUUCAUCGCUUAAAUCAUCAAUAAUAAGCAUAUAUUUGUGAAAAAUGUUACUUUAAGAAAAACAGUAUAAUCACACAGUUUAUAUACAAACACACAUACACACCAUUGAAACAACUCAUUGCAACUCCUUAUAUCAAAAUAUUUUGAAACAAUUAAAUUAUUUGUAUGAAAAAAGAAUACUUUCAUGAUUCACAAUUAUAAAACAAAAAUAAGUACAAUAACAACUAAUAAAAUACUUUUGAAUUUAUCGGUAACAGCAAUUAAAGGUGCUAGAAAAUUAAUACAUACAGUGCUUAGGAAUUAAAUUUUUUGAGGUACUUUAAUGUACUAUGUGGUUUAUAGCACAAUAAAUAUAUAAUUUAUUCUUAAUCAUACAUCAGUCCUCAUAAAAUUAAAAUAAUAAUUAAAGUAAAAUUCAGUAUCGCCCACCUGGUAUGAUAUAUUUUCAUUUGGUAAUAGAUUUGAUUUAGCCAGGUAAUAUUUUUAGUUUGAUCCUUUAAAACACUUUUCUUAGAGGCAGUCAGUAACAUUAACUCAAGUAAUACUAAGCUGCCAGAGAUUUCUGAACAAAGGUACCAUAAUCCUUCAUUAAUACAGUGGCUAGCUGAAUGUAAAUGCUAUUCAAUACUAUAAGAAAAACACUAAUCUUAAUUUCUAUCAGAGAUUAAAGUCUAUUUAAUAUAUUCAUUCAUAUAAGACUCAUUAACAAUACUUCUAUGGCAUAAAGCUUCUUUCCUAUGCUUUAUAUUACCUCCCAUAAUAAAUUAGUUUAAUUUGGGCAUAUAAAAACUGAAUAACUGAUGAGCAUAAAGGGUUGCAUAAGAACUGAACAUUUUAAUUUAAAUUGCAAUAAAAAAUAUAUCUGCAUUUUCAUUAAAUAUUGGCAGUAUCCGUGUCAAGAAAUGAAACUUUCUAAUGGAAUAAUCAUUUCUUUAAACUCAAGCUUGCUAUUCUUUCACAAAAAUAAUUAUUUUAAAUUCAUAAUACACAAAGUUAUUAAAUAUAUCAAAGAUUAAAAUUAAUAUUUUAAUUUGAGUUUUACUUUUAUUCUUUUUUCCCCAUAAAAAUAUAAUUAUGAGAAUGUUUAAGAAUUUGGUGAUAUUAAGUACAUAAUGAGAUCAACAUUUUGGUUGCAGAUGAACUUUAUGUCUAUAGGUCAAAUGAAAUAGACAAUACUUUUCAAGUUAAAUAUUUAAAUUAAAUUUAUACAUACACAUUAGUAUAAGGGCUAUUCACUGUAAUAUAUUGUUUACCUGGCUAAAUUAUUUAAUUAAAAAGGAAUGAAAUCAACCUCAAACAAUCAGCAAUAAUAUUUUUUCUUUCCAAAUAGCUUACUAUGUUAAACUUAUUUUAAAGUAUUUGUAGAUUCCUAUACUGCGAAGUGAAGCCCUCAGGGGAUCUUUUUUAUUUUUUUCCACUUGAUAGGUUUAACAACACAAAUAUAUAUAUAUAUAUAUAUAUAUAUAUAUAUAUAUAUAUAUAUAUAUAUAUAUAUAUAUAUAUAUAUAUAUAUAUAUAUUUCAUAAUAAACACAAACACCAAAAAACAGUCCUUUCAAAGCUUAAAUGCUAUUAUACAAAUAAUUCUUAAGACCUACUAUUAAUUAAGUACUUCUACUGAUUCUUAAGUACAUGGUUAGUUUCCCAAGGAAUGUUUAAUGCAACUUUUAGAUUUAACAACACAUAAAAUGCACCUAUCAUGAACUAUAUUUACUAAAAAAUAUAAUUCUUAAUAUUCAUUCUAUUCAAUGUAUGAUAAAAAUGAAUAACAUUUAUCAUACUUUAAAUUAAAUUUCUAGUAUUAGUUUUCCAUUAAUAACAACUUUUACUUGGUAUGCAUUGAUUUAACCAGAAAUAUUUUUUUUAAAAGUUGGAGUCUUGACUAGUAUCUUUGCUGAAAUUCAUGAUGCCAUCUAUUGAAAUCUAUAUGGAACAUCACAAUUGAUCCAGUUGCUAGACCAGCUAGUAAAAAU